AUGGCCACUGAGACUGUUGAACGAUUCAAUCCCGACAAGGAGUUCCCGAUCAUCUCUUAUGGGCUCCCUUAUCAGGAGGCUUGCGCAAAGCACCUAACCACGACCCUCAGCAGCCUGAAGCCAUUUCUGGUCAUAUCUGAGUCGCUCAGCAAGACAACAGAUGUUGUCGAGAAGCUCAGCUCGGCUCUGAAUAGUGAUGAUGUAAAGGUCGUUGGCACUCACAUCGGCAUGCGGCCGCACACCUACUACUCCGAUGUCCUCCAAGUCAUGCACGAGGUGAAGGAGGCGGGGGCAGACUCGAUUGUGACCGUUGGUGGUGGAAGUCUCGUCGAUGGAGCCAAGGCUAUCUCGCAUGCUCUGGCGAACAACGUCAACGACAUCGAUGGGCUGGAUCUCCUUUUCCGGACCAGCCUUGCCUUGAGAUUCAACAGACCCAUGCCCCCAGAUGCUCCAGAGACUGUACACCCUUCCGUUAUCCCUGUGGUCUCUAUCACGACAACUCUGAGCGCCGGGGAGUUCAAUCCACCGGGUGGCGCUACCAACGAUGCCACGCAUCACAAGAUAAUUUUCCAAAAUCCGGCAGGAAUCGGCAUCUCUGUCAUCAUCAUGGACUCAGCUCUUACGCAAACAACGCCGCAGAAGGUCUGGCUUUCCACUGGCCUGAGGGCGGUGGACCAUUGCGUGGAGACAAUCUGCAGCUCGAACCCCAACCCGGAGGGCACAAAACACUCGCUCCGUGGUCUCAAGCUGCUGAUCCCUGGGCUGUUGAGGACAAAGCAGGAGCCGGGUGACAACGAGGCUCGGUUGAGGUGUCAGCUAGGUGCCGCAGAGAGCAUGAGGGCCGCAAAUCUGUACGGGGUCAAAGUUGGCGGGUCACACGGUAUCGGCCAUCAACUCGGUCCCAUGGGGGUCCCACACGCCGAAACGACGUGCGUAUGCCUCCCUGCUGUGCAAAAGUUCAACGCAAAGGUCAACGCACAGCAGCAGGCCAUCGUGCUGGAUGCAUUCUGGGCCGACCCGGAUGUUGCAGCAACACUCACCAAGCACUCACUUGUCAAGGAGAAGGCAGACCUGGGCGAUGCUUUGGACGCGUUGAUUCGUGAGCUGGGCUUCCCGAGGACUCUGGCAGAGUACGGGGUCGGGAGAGACAAGCUCGAGGCUAUCGCAGAAAGCAGCAUCAAGGACCAUUGUUGCCUGACCAACGCGAUCCCCUUGGAGAGCAAGGAGCAGGUGCUGGAGAUUCUGGAGAUCGUCAUAGCCAUAUCUCUGGCAGCCGUCUCGGUGAAGUCCGUGCUGCUGUUGACCCAGCUUGCUGAUGACCCCAUCGGCCUUCGGCACCAUCCCGAUAUUCUUGACGGCCCAGUCCGCCCGGAGCUGUGCGUGGGGGGUGAUGGUUGA